UAAAACAAGAAUAGGAGCUCAUGAAGUUUUUUCCUUCAGGAUCUGCAAAAAAUCAGCCAAUAGCUGUUCAGUAGCUAGUAAAUUCGUUAAGGAAGCGAUUUGGAAUCUCAGAGUCGAGGGACUAUAUCACAAAACAUUUUUCGUUUCCACUUAACUGUUUUUGUAUUUGACUAAAACGAUUCUUUUUAAUGAAGUUCAGGGCACAGCAUUGAGUUCAAUUAUUCAUUGAGAUGCUGCAUUCUUUCUUUUACUUAGUUUCAAAUAUUGAUUAUUUAUUUGUGCUCGAUUUAAUUAAGUUCGAAUCAAUAUGACAAUACGAUGAAAUGUGCACGUCUCCACUAUUUAACUAAAGAUCGGUUUGAAGGAGCGAUUUCACUCCAAUAGGUAAAUAUUAUUUUAAUUAUUUCUAUUGCGUAUACUUGGAGUAUAGUUUGAUUUUGUAAAUAGCACCUAGUCAAAUUUUUAGUCUUGUUUUUGUCUAUGAUUGUAUUGCGUAUUAUAGAAGUUGAAAAUCCGGCUAUUGAUACGGUUUCUGGUUCACCAGAAGUAACAACCUCACACGAACAAAUUUUGAGCCAACAUUCUAGUGUAUUAACGUCAAAUAAUGGAUCAUCCGAAUUCUACUCAUUUCUUCGACAAAUAUCAUUCAAGACAAAAUUAUAAAAAACCAUAAUUUAUUAAAUCUUCCAGUCAUCACCUUGAAUCCUGAAGUAGCGUUGCCUCAGCCGCGUCGAAAAAAAAUUACAGUGAUUCACCCAAACAUAAAGAAAUUGUCGUUCAAUUUACAACAGAACACACCAGAACACAUACAUGAAGCAUCGGCUCCACCAACGUCAUCAGUCAGAUCUUCAGCUUCCAAUAACGUAUUAUCAAUUAUUAACAAUUCAUUUAUACAAUCACAAGUUCCCCGUGUAUCGAGAGCGAUAAAUGGAAUUAAGAACAUGGGCAAUAGUUGUUAUUUCAACGUUACUAUCCAAUUGUUAGCUGCCACCGAGCCUUUGUUAUAUCAUAUUCGAAAGCGAUGUCAUUCGGAAGAAUCGGAAGCUUUUUGUUGGCAGUGUCAUGUCGAAACAUUGAUCACUGGUGUUCACAAUCCAUCCGAUAUCCAGCAAUCUGUUAUUCCAAAUGGGAUUUUACUGUCACAUGCUCGACUAUUAAUGAAAAGUGUACAAGCCAUGGCUAUGGAGAAACCAAUAUGCGAGCAGUUUCCUCAUUCUCAAGAAGAUGCCGGUGAAUUUUUGCAAUUAUUGUUGAACAAAAUGGUAAUUGACGAUGAAACGUGCCACAAAUCAAUAUCAGACUCCAGUGCAAGCAGACCAUCCAUUGACCAAGCCUUCGGUCUGUAUCUUUUUGAUAAAAUUCGAUGUCCACAUAAAACAAACGGCCAACAAUGUCUUUCGUCGUACAAUUCUUCACCACAACCCCAAUUGAUUCUUCCAUUGCAUAUUACAUAUAAAAUUCGAAUAAAUAAUAAGGAAGUUACAAGCCGUCAUGCUACGCUUAGUGAUUGCUUGCGCCACUUUUUUGACAAUGAAUUGGUUUGUGAAUUCAAAUGUCAUGAUUGUAAUAACUUGGGAAAACUAAAACAAACAUGUAUUUCGCGCACCUCGCCAGCAUUAAUUUUACAUUUAAAAAGAUUUGACAACCAAGGUGACAAAUUAUCGUGCCCAAUUAAAUUUCAAGAAACAUUAAAUAUGAACGAUUUUUGUAAUCAUAGUCAAUCAUUAUCUUCAUCAUAUGAGUAUUUAUUAUACGCUGUUGUUGUACAUUAUGAUAUAAACGUCGCCUCGGGUCAUUACGUUAUUUAUAUCAAAAUGAAUGAAAAGAAGUGGAUAAAAAUUAAUGACAGUGAAAUAGCCGAUGUAGAAGUCGAACAAGUUUUGAGCGAGAGACAAAAUGCGUAUUUAUUAGCCUACAUUCAAAAAUCAUUUAUUAUGACAGAACAACAGCAAUAUCAGUCACAAAUUGAAGCUGGAAAUAAGCAGCAACAAUCAUCAAAGAACGAACAUAUCGUACAACAACAACCAAAAUCAUCGGAACGUUACAAGUGUCAAAAUCACGGUUUUGGUGAUACACCUGUUCUGGUUCGGCAUUCUCAAAACAUCCCUAAACAAAGAAUUCCGAGACUUCGACAAGACAUAGCUCCAUUAUACAAUCUGAAACGAUCGUCCACUAAUUUUGAACAAAAGGAUUUGCCAAAACAUGAUUCAGAUGUUCUAUAUAGCGAUGACGUACAAGGUAUGAUGAAAGAAGCAUUUUUCCUGCUCCAGAAAAGCAAAAAAAGUUUCUUUCUUUUAGAUAAUCAAGACAUGUUGGAAAUAACACCAAAGAAAAACGACAAAAAACGAAGGAAGAUUAGCUCACCGACGAACGAACACAUGGAUUGUGAAAAUGACGAAUCGAUAUCAAAGAUUCAUUCUAGUAAGUUUUGUUUGUUGAACGUGUCCACUGUAGUGUUUUAUUUUCCAAUACACGCUGCCAGGUUUCGAAUUAUUAUUUAAACUAAGGAAGCAGCGGAUGAGUUCAGGAGGUGGGAACAUCGAUUAUCAGUUAUUCUUUGAAUAAUUGAUUUUUGGCGCUGUAUUUAGAAAAGAAUACCUAUCUGCCCCAUAUCUAGGGGAUUCUCGAUACCGAUACUUAAGCGGUAUCGGUAUUGAGCGUUUGAUACCAACCUCUGUAUCGUAUCGAUAAGUAUCGAAAUUUUUUCAAUCAAUUAUGGAAGUGUCGAACUAUUGCAUCCGGGUCGAUGAAGCUUAAGGACAAGUGAACCAAAAAGUUUUUUCGUUCUUUCUUUUUGAGUUCUUGAACAAAGAGCUCCCAAGGACCUCAAAACAAAAAAAAAUACUUAGAUACAACAAAAAUCAAUACAAAUACAAUAAAAAAUCUUUUUUUCAACUUAUUUGUUUUUAAAGUUUACCUUUCAAAAGCAUCAAUUCGUUUACUGUCUUAGGAUCUAGUGAAGAUCUUUCGUUUCUUAUCAAAUAGCCGCUUAAGCUGAAACAUGAUUCUGAUGGUACGCUUGUAGCAGGUACACAUAAAUACCGUUGCGAAUAAUCGUCUACAACAAUGAAUUUUUGCUAUAUCAAUGACUAAAUAGAUCAAGUAGACGAAAUAAAGGAAGAUAAAGAUACGAUAUAUACGUAUGUUGGAGGAGAAAUUAAAAUUUAGGAAAAUUUUAAAUUUUAAUUUCUCUUAGAAGAAAUUGAAAUUUCAAUUUGUACUGUAACUUCAAAUUUCACUUUCUCUUAGGAUAAAUUAAAAUUUUAGUUUUUCCUACAGGAUAAUUUUAAAUAUUCCUGAAUACAUAGUAUAAAUUUUAUUAAUUCGUCCUUCGCCUGAAAAAUACAUUAUUAAAUUCAAUUAUAAAUCUUUGCGCUACAUACCUCUAACCAUGUCUUGUCUCGACCGUGAUGGCCAACUCUUUCAUGACAUUCUUUAAUUUUUACGUACUUUUAAGCACCCAGAAUUUUAGUUGAGAAUCUCCCCAACCAUCUUGGAGAACCAAAAUUAUAUCAUCAUACAAUGACUGUCUUAUACAAAAUUUAUCUUGAAACUUGUGAUUUAAACCUUGGAUACGAUUAUCAAGUAAUUUAUAAAAGUCUUCCAUAUUAAUAAGAACGUGAUACGAGAAGACCUACUUGAGUAAUGCGCGCA